AUGCUGAUACAGGGAAUAAACGAGUCUGAUAUUUCGAAAAUUACUUCUGGUCAAGUAAUUAUAGACUUGCGAUCAAUUGUUAAGGAGCUUGUUGAAAAUUCCAUAGAUGCAAACUCAAGAAAGAUUCUGAUCAAUUUUGUCAAUUAUGGCAUUGAUUCAAUUACAGUACAGGACGAUGGUAAGGGCAUAGAUGAAAAUGACUUUGAGACUCUUUGCUUGAGAAACCACACAUCGAAAAUCAGCGAUAUAAGUGAUUUGGCUAGACUCAAAACAUUGGGGUUCCGUGGCGAGGCUUUGAACUCAAUCUGUGCUUUAUCGGAUAAGGUUGUGGUAAAUACUCGAACGACUCUGUCGUCACCAAUAAUGCAUAUCUUAAGGUUUGACCAAUUGGGACGAUUAGUUGAAAAAACCAAGAAAAGGGGUGGUUACAGUUCAAAAUCGGGAACGACAGUAUCAAUUGAACAGGUAUUCAAGAGGUUUCCUGUGCGAUGGAAGAAUUUUGCCAAAAACUCAAAGCGCGAGUUUCACAAGACAGUUAACUUUAUUAUAAACUACCUAUUGAUUUAUCCAGAAAUCAAGUUUGAGGUAACAAACACCAAUAGUAGUAAUAAUAAUAAUAAUAAUAGUAGUAGCAGUAGCAAAAAAAAGAGCUUGGUUUUAUCUUCAAGGGGUGGCGUAAAUAACACAGUAACUGAGAAUUUGAUUUCAAUCUUUGGCACCAAUGGAAAUACUAAUUUGCUUGACGUAAAUCUUGAUAUUACCCCCGAUGUGAACUUUUCAGGACACAUUUCGUCUUAUUCAUUUGGACUUGGACGAUCAGUGCAGGAUCGUCAAUUCCUUUUUAUCAACAAGAGGCCUAUCGCUUUUAAGAAGCUCACAAAACUAAUUAAUGAAGUUUACAAAUCUUUCAACCAUGUUCAGUUCCCAGUAUUUAUUAUAAAUCUUGAAAUGAAUCCUGAAAUUAUAGAUGUGAAUCUUUUACCUGAUAAAACCAGUAUACUAAUCCACAAAGAGGACGUCAUUUUGGAAACAAUACGAGAGAAAUUAACUAACUUUUAUGAAACGCAAGAUAAAGUUGUUAUUCCAAGAAGCUUGCCAUCCCAGCAAAGUGAGCGCAGAAUCAUAAAAGAAGAAGAAGAAGAAAAGAAGGAGGAGGAGGAGAAAGAUGAUGAUGUGAAUGAUAUUCAGCUAAAGAGAGGAAAAACACGUCAAAGUAAUCUUGAAGAAGUUGGUAGUUUGAUUGAGUUCAAGUCAACAACUAUGGACGACAUGGACGACAUGGACGACAUUGAUACUCCUAAAGUGAGGCAGGGUAAUGGUUUAUAUACUGCCCCUUCUACAAAAGGUGAUAUGAAGAUGAGUAUGAAUUUUUUAAGAUACAAAUGUGAGCAGGAAAAUGAAAGCAAUGAGAUAAUGACAGAUGAAAAAAGGAAAGAGAUUUUCAACAGCGUUUUGUUGGACACCAUGAAUGGAGAUGAUAGAUGUGGUCAAGAUUUGAACUUAAACUUGGAAUUGGGGGGAAAGUAUCCGCAGGAGCAAGAAGCAAUGAACGGUCAAGGUGACUACGUAAAAGAGCCAUCAACCGAAGCAAAUGAAAAAGACACUGAAGAUACAGAAUUUCUGGAUCUAACAAUGUCUCAACUCAAAAGUAGCAAUGCGUCAUUUGAAAGCUCCGUCUCUCAAUCCCCGCAAUCUGACAUUGUUUCAGAUAUAAACAGGUACACACCUAGUCCACUUAGAUCAACUAAACUUCGUCAUAAGAGCAUCUUAUCGUCAUAUUUAUACACCAAACCAGAUCCCAUAGAUAUAGGAUCUAAAGAACGAGAAAAAAAAAGAGAAAAAGGAGGAGGAGAGGAAGAAGAAGAAGAAGAAGAAGAAGAGGAGGAAGAGGAAGGAGAGAAUGAGGAGGAGAAAGAAGUAGAGGACAAGCACGGUGAAAACUUUUUCCCAGUAGAGGAAGACUUGAAAACCGAGUCCAUAUACAUGAAGAUUGGUGAAGUAGAGUUUGAGGAGAAAUUCCCAAAAAAAUCCGCGAAAAAUAGCAGCUUCAGUUUAUUUAUGCAACAAUGCCGACAGUCUUCAGAGAGUGUGUAUACAUUUAUCAACAAUCUAAAACUGUUUGAAAACAUCAAAGAGGAUCUGUCACAAAAGGUUAGCAUCAAUAAAAACUUGCAUGACGAUGGAAUUUACCAGAUUCGAAAAUCGGAUUUCCUCAACAUGAAUUUGAUUGGGCAAUUUAAUCUUGGAUUCAUUUUGGUUACUCAUGGCACAAAUCUACUUAUAAUCGACCAGCACGCGUCGGACGAAAAAUACAAUUUUGAGAGACUAUUGCAGGAUUUCAACAUCCACUAUCAGCCAUUGAUUACACCCUUAUUUGUGGACUUGAAUGUAAUUGAUGAAAUGCUUGUAUUGGACCAUGAGAGCGUUUUUCGAGAUAACGGAUUCAAAGUCUCAAUCGAUACUAGCAAACCAGCAGGAUCACGGAUUUCGCUAACAUCACUACCUGUCUACAAGAACAAAAUGUUUAGUGUUGACGACUUUUAUGAGUUGAUCAACUUGAUAAACGAACAGCCUAGUAAUAGGGGUAUAAAAUGUUCGAAAAUUAGAAAAAUUGUAGCUAUGAAAGCUUGCAGAAGUAGUAUCAUGAUUGGAUCAUCGCUAACAAAAAACAAAAUGACCAAAAUCGUGACAAAUUUGAGCACACUUGAUAAACCAUGGAAUUGUCCUCAUGGUCGACCAACUAUGAGGCACAUAAUCGAGUUAGCUAAUUGGCAAAGUAGCUAUCCUGAUUACUCAAUAUAA